CUACGACAGCGCGCAGUCCGGGUUUGACAGCAGGCGUACCUGUCACAGCGUGCGACAGAAUAUCACACAAGAAAGCAAAACACACACACCAAACAGUUCGAAGACGCAUCACACACCAAAAUGCAGCUAUUUUACAGCCGCGGCUAGUGUUUUGCAAGGGGUGCACAGUUCCUCAUGAAGCAUUGCUCGUUCUUGUUCCAUCGGGGCAACCAAUAACAUCAUUUUACGCGAGUGAAGCAAACUACGUGUGACUCACGGCCGCCCGUUCUCGGCGUCGCGGAUGCCGUCACUGCGUCGCACAAUGGCUCUCACGCGGUACCAUCUGCACAAGCGAAACUGUGUCGGCAUCUUUCCCCUCCUGUGUGCCUUCCUGUGUGGCGUGCUGCUUACGGCACUGAUUGCCAACACCAGCCCAACCUGCAGCCCGACCGGGCGCGUGUACGAACCGGAAAAUUCCUACUUUCUCAUACUGCUGAUCGUGACCGCGCCCGAAAACUUCGAGCGCCGCAGCACGAUCCGCGAGACGUACCUGAACCUGCGGCCGCGCAUGAUCAACGAAAGCUACCAGGAGGAGCUGAUCCACAUUCCGCCGCUCAACGAGCGGGGCCACGUGCAGCUCGAGUCGGUCGCAACGCAGCGCCAGCUGCUGGGCAAUUAUCGGGCCUGGCAGCAGAAGCCGAUCAAAAACAUCAAGGUGAUUAACUUCAAGAUCAAGCCGCUGUUUGCGAUCGGGCUGUACGGGCAGCCGAAAAACGUGCGCCGUGCCAUCUACGAGGAGCAGCGCGUGUUCGGGGACAUUCUCGAGCUGGAGCAGCUGCAGGAUUCGUACGCGAACCUGACGGCCAAGGUGCUGCACAGCAUGCGGAAGAUUGACGAGAAGUAUGACUUCAAGUAUCUGGCCAAGCUGGACGACGACACGUACGUGAAGCUCGACCUGCUCGCGGAAGAUUUGCUCAGCUACUACGAAAAGCUGCACCAGGUACAGCAGCAGCAGCAGCAGAAGACCGAGAACCACCACAAGGGCGCUCCACUGCUGGAGCUGUAUUGGGGCUACUUCCGUGGGGCGGCCACGAUACAAAAGCACGGCGUGUGGCAGGAGAACGACUACACGCUGUGCGAUCGGUACGGACCGUACGCGUUGGGCGGUGGGUACGUGCUGUCCAAGGGGCUGGUCUCGUACAUCGCCACGUACGCCGAGCAGCUGUCGCUGUACAAGAGCGAGGACAUUGCGGUCGGCACGUGGCUCGCACCGUUCCGCAACAUUCACCGCCGGCAUGACGUGCGGUUCGACACGGCGUGGAAAGCGCGCGCCUGCAAGGACUACCACAUGCUGCUGCACAAGCGUACCGCGCGGCACAUGCGCGACCUUUACGCCGGGGAGCUGUGCACUCACGAGGAGGACCAGCCCGACGGCAAACCGGCCGCACUACCGAAGGAGUAUUUCUACGACUGGACGCAGCCGCCGAGCUCCUGCUGCAAGACGGCAGUAUAGGGUCGCCGAUGGCAAUGGCGCAACCAGCACGCAGACGAGACGAAGUAAGAUAG